AUGCAGCGUGAGGGGCGGAGCUUGCAGGACUAUUUAAGUCCAGCCGCCCCUCCUAUCUUCCUCUUUUGCUGCGUGACAACGUCGACGGUGAGGGACAGGCAGAAGAGGAGCACAGAGAAGAGCAGUGGUGGCCAUUUUACGCUCGGCCGCGAGCACAAAGGAGAGCAGUGGUGGCCAUUUUACAUUCGGCCGCGUGAUCGACGCCAUUCGAGGCUCGAGGCUCUUGAAACCCCUCCUGAUUCUACACAGAUAGUGAGCAAUGGGCCGGUGGCUCUUCCUGCACCAACAGCGGCGGUGGGGAUUGGAAGUGAGGUGGCUACACCCCAGGCUGGCGUGAUAUCAUCUGUGACUGGGCCACUAGUGGGAGCAGGGAUUGUACCCAAGAAGGCGGCAGGGGAGUUUAGGCUUAUUCACCACUUGUCCCACCCGCGUGGACAGUCAGUUAAUGAUUUCAUUCCUGACAGUCUAUGUACAGUCCACUACACCUCCUUCGACGCUGCAGUGCGCAUGGUUCGGGCAUGUGGUAAUGGAGCAUUAAUGGGUAAGUGUGACAUUAAGUCCGCUUUCCGACUACUUCCCGUCCACCCAGCAGAUUUUGAUCUGCUGGGUUUUACUUUUGCCGACAAAUUCCAUGUGGACCGCGCAUUGCCUAUGGGAUGCUCAAUCUCUUGUGCACUUUUUGAGCGCUUCAGCACUUUUUUAGAAUGGGCAAUCAAACGUAGGACGGGUAUGGAUUCUGUUGUCCAUUAUCUGGAUGAUUUUCUAUUUGUGGGUGGGGCUGGCACAGGCGAAUGCCUACACCUAAUGGCCCAGUUUCAGGACUUGACAGAGGAACUGGGGGUUCCUCUAGCCAUGGAAAAGACGGAAGGGCCAGCACCAGUUUUGACUUUUUUAGGCAUUGAAAUUGAUUCUGGGAAGCAAUGCUGUAGGCUGCCCCAGAACAAGCUUCUAAUCCUUCACGAUAAGAUAAAGGAAGUUACAGGUGUGAGGAAAGUUUUCCUCUCCACGCUCCAGGAGUUAGCAGGCCACCUUAAUUUUGUGUGCAGGGUCGUUGCACCCGGCAGAGCAUUUCUGAGGCAUGUAUAUGAGGCCAUGGUAGGGCUCUUAUGACCCCACCAUCGGUUUCGGGUUACAGCGGCUUUACGCGCCGACCUGGCUGUGUGGUCCUCCUUCUUACAGGAUUUCAAUGGCAUAUCCUUUUGGAGGCAGGACCGACUCCUGGAGGCCGAGUUACAGGUCCAUUCUGACGCGUCUGGGGGUUAUGGCUUUGGGGUAGUCUUUGGGUCUUCCUGGUGUAAGGGACAAUGGCCACAGACGUGGGUUCAAGAUGGUUUAGACAAGGAUCUGACCUUUUUGGAAUUUUUCCCUAUAGUAGUAGAAGUCUAUUUGUGGGCUGUGGAAUUGAAGAACUCCACAGUACACUUCUGGUGUGAUAACCUGGCUACAGUACAUGUUAUCAAUUCCCUCACAUCCAGGAAUGCCAGGGUUAUGGGUCUUGUCCAUUCUUUUGUUCUCCAGUGCCUGCGCUUUAAUGUUCUUUUUCGGGCACGGCAUGUUCCUGGCAUUGACAAUAGUGUUGCUGAUGCUCUGUCACGGAACCAGAUGGACCGUUUCCGUCAGCUGGCGCCGCUGACCAGGGCUCAGCCGGAAGCCGUGCCCCCUGCGAUAUGGGAGAUUGGAGAGCAGAGUUGGAGAGGGCCAUAAUCCUUUCCAUUGCCCCCAGUACGCUCGCCAGUUACCAGAGAGCAGGUAGGGACAUGCAGGACUUCUGGGCCUCCAAAGGCUAUGCACCGGAGUGGCCUAUUCCGGUAAGUCACCUGCUUGAAUUCCUGGUGGAUGGCAGGAAACAGGUCCUGUCAGUCCGAACACUACAAGGUAAGCUGGCGGGGCUUUCCUUUUUAGCAAAGACAGGUGGUUUUCUAGAUCAUAGCGGGGACUUUAGGGUCCGCCGCAUGUUGGCUGGGUGGGCUAAAGAACACCCUGCUUUACCUGAUUCUCGUCGACCUUUCUCACUGGAUAUUAUACUAGGGAUGGUUCAUCAGUGGGAAACAGUUUGUUCUUCUAGUUAUGAAGCCAAGCUAUUCCAGGCAGUGUCCUUUACGCUAUUUUUUGGAGCCUUCAGGAUAGGUGAGGUGGUGGCUGGCUCUAAACAUGACAUGACUCGACGUGCCCUCCAGUUUUCGGAUGUCUCCAUAGAAGGAGGCUGCGCUUGCAUAACUUUGAGAUGGUCUAAAACAGACCAAAAGUGUAAGGGGAGACAGGUGCGCUUGGCCCCAUCAUCAGAGCCUCACCUCUGCCCAGUGUGGGCUCUAAAUAAUUUCCUAAGAGCCAGGGGAUCAGCCGAAGGAUAUUUAUUUACCCAUGUAAAUCUGGAUCCUCUUUCUAUUUACCAGUUUUGGGCAUUAACAAAACUAGCAUUGCAUAGGAUGGGUUAUGACGCCUCACAAUUUGGAACACAUUCAUUUAGAAUUGGAGCUGCUUCUACAGCAGCAGGUUUUGGUUUUCCCCAGGCAACAGUACAGGCCGUUGGACGUUGGUCCUCUGAUGUGUAUAAGGGCUAUAUUCGCCCCUUCUAGAGGGCAGGGAAUGCAGAAGCCUAACAAUUUUCAUUUGUUUUGGCAGGUUGCUGGACAGGGAUGGAGCGGAUGCAGAUCCUUAUAUGCGGCCACAGCAUGGUCUUCUGGGCAGCCCGGAGGGCAGCGAAGUCGAGCAUGGGCUCGCAGUUGGGCCUCAGUAGAUGGGCUGCAAUACAGUGGCUUGGCCGGCAAGGAAUGCAUUGGGAGGGGCUCCUACCCGCUCUGUUCCGGCAAGGUUUGGUGCGGACAAUUCUGCAAGUGCUGGUCAUCCAUCUGGGUGGUAAUGACCUUGGCUUGAUGAAGGGCAAGGCCCUCAGCAUGCAGGCAUGUAAGGACAUGCAAGCGAUAAGGCAGCGUUGGCCUUGUGUACAUCUGAUGUGGUCAGACCUGCUUCCACGCAAGGUAUGGUGUGAUGUUUGGGACCCGACGGGGAUUGAUCGAGCAAGGAAGAAGGUCAACCGGCAGAUUCGGUUGGCUCUUCUCAGGCAUGGGGGGUUAGUCAUUCUGCAUCCCCAAAUUCAGCAACAGAAGGGUGAACUGUACAGGGCUGAUGGCGUUCACCUGUCAGACACAGGUAAUAACCUAUUUUUGGGAGACCUGCAGAGAUAUCUGCGAGAGGUACUUCUCGGCAGUGGGGUAAAGGGGGACUAAAUAGAGAUUUGUCCCCCUUUCGUGGCAGGAAGGUGCGGGAAGGGAAAUAGGUAAGGACAGCUAGGUGGCCCCCUUAGGCACCUUUGGAGGUGAUUGGCAGUUCCGGAGGCCUGUCUCUCAGGGCUUUAUGGCUCGAGGGCAGGAUAUGGGCUGCUUCUGGGGCCAACUUAUCCUCAUCUACCCAGGGGUUAUACGGCCUAGGGUGGGGAUGACGUGGGAAGGCCCCCCUACUCACCUGCAAGGUGUGGCCGGGGUAAAGGGUAAGCAGAUGGGCUUGCCCUUGCCCCAGCAGAGGCUGGUCGCCCGAGAGCUGUGUGGCAAGCUACUUGCUUAUAGACAGUUCCCGCACCUAGGUUUCCCUCUGCAGGUCACUUUAAAUUGGGUUUUUUGUUUACUAAAAUUUAAAUAAAGUGGCCCUUGUUCAACCCAAGCUAAAGUCUCUGUGUUUUAUUUCACCACUCAACUGCAAACACUAAAAACACUUUAAAACAUCAUCAUCAUCAUCAUCAAGGUUUUAUUGCGGUCACAGACCCGUAGUACAAACAGUACAGAUUGCAUUAAAUAAGAAAUAAAGACAAAGUCAUUUACUAAAAUAAGUAGCAAGGUACAAGGUUAAGGAUAAA